AACACGCCUAUAAAUAAGUUAAAUAUACUAUGUCGCUCUUUGUUAUAGAUAAGUAUAUAUAGAAUGUAAUAGGUGAGAAUUGUUCCUUAUAUAAACGUUCAAGGUUUAAGUAUAUGAGAUAAAUGAGACACACCUUGAGGUGCAGAAAUAAAUGUAAGUUCUAAACAAAACACUUACAUGCAGCAAGAGAAAUGUGUCGAAAUGUAGAGUACAUAUAUACUUAAUUUGACAAAAACAAAGAGAAUAUAAAGGACUAAGUUCAAAGGCCAGGUAAUGUCCUCUGAAAAAGAAAAGAGUUUUCCAGUCAUUUUCAGUGCUCUUGAAGACUUAGAAGAUUGCGACAUUGAGAAAGAAAAAUGCACUCAACUUUGUAAAGAUGUGCUCGACGCAUUUUACUCUGCUUGUGAGGCUAAAGCAAAGUUUACCAAGGAGGAAAUUGAACAAAUAGGUUCUGGCUUAGACAAAAACAUUAACAAAAUACUGUCCGUACUCUUACAUUUUGGCUAUUUUUUUGAACCGAAAGAAGGACCUAGAGCUUUAAAAUAUCGAUCCGCUUUGCAGUUUAUUUUAGACAAAUUUAGAAACAUAAAAAUAAUCGAUUCUUCAAACAGUCAAAAUACUAAUUUAGGCGAAGAAAUAAAUGAAAGUGACGCCCUGAAGGUUUUAGACAAAGCAAUACUUCGCUGGAAAAAAAAUAUUACUGUUGGACUUGACAUAGAAGGUUUUUCUGUGGAAAGCCUUUAUAAGCCAGAUGACAUACCAAAACAUCACACUUGGUGGAUUCCUAAAGAAUCAGAAUAGUUUUUCUUAAGUCCAAUCAGGCUUAAUUUUUUAAUUCACUCGUUAAUUUUUUUAUAUAUCUUUUUACUUUACUUUACAUCCCAUCAUUUUAACUGUUUAUAUUUUGCAGAUAUUUAUUUACACAUUUCAGUGUUAUUUAACAUGACAGAUAGAGUAGCAUCUUUACAUAAGUAUAAUGAAUGUGAAUUUAAUGCUCUUUUAAGCGUUCUAAAACUUACGAAAACAGAAAAAGAAGCAGAAGACUGGGUUCGACAGAACGAUACAACAAGAAAUGUUAGAGAUAUUUUCAGCCACAUUCAUUGCCUUUAUGAAAUUAAUGGUAUCUUAAAAAUUCAUCCUAUUGCUUUUGCUCAACUGAGCAAAGAAGACAAAGAUGAAAUUAUGGAUAAGACUGAACUCCUUAGGAGUGAACGCUUAACAUUCAAUGACCUUUACAAUCUUGUUAAUUCAUAUGUUAAGUUUAAAUCAAUUUUGAAAACUUUUGAUCUUCAGCAUGAUAGAGAGAUCGUUGAAAAAGAAAUCACACUUUCAAAAUUAUUCACACCCGAUUCUUUACGAGAUGUUAAAAUUAAUGGUAAACCUAUUUUUGCUAAUAUAAAACCUUUUGAGAUUAAACGUAUGUAUGAUGUUUUUUGGAAAAAUUCUAGAAUGAGAAAAUAUAUUCCAAUAGCUAAGAUUUUCGCAGAAUUAAAACAAGUUGAUAACAUCUCGGAUUUUUUUGCAUGCGGGGAGUACAUAUAUUACGAGUUAGUUAAAAUGAUAGACAGAGAAACUAGAUCUUCAAAACGAAAAGCAGAGAUAAAGAGGAAAGAACCAGAAAUACUAGAAACAUUUAUGCAAGAUGAAACUGUAAGAAAUGACUACAUCAAACGCUAUACAGACAUAGUCAAUAAAUUCAAAGUGUUAAUGAUAACUGAGGGAUUGCAUUUCUCAAGUCCUAUGACAGCUGCGACUCAUUUUACAAAGCAUUGGGGCAAAGUAAGUCCUUCUGAAAUUGUCCUUGGAGAAGAACCAGAAGAAGCGUAUCUAAGAUUAGCAAGAGAGCAUCUAACCUUAUCUCAACCGAUAAUUAAUUGGACUCAAGAUGGAAGCUCACUAAAACACAUAUAUGAAAAUACAGGUAGAAUAGCUGUUGUUAUUCAAGAUGCAUGGACGACCAGACACAUUUUGGCUACAUACUAUAAAAUAUAAACUAGCGUUUGCUUUUCUUUACUUUACUUAGAUCUAGGCAAACAAUCAAUUUCCAAAGUAAAUUAAGAAAUUGGCUUAGCGUUGAGAAUUUGGAAUCGUGUCUAAAAUAACAUAAAAGAAAUUGCGACUCAUUUUUAUUUUCCAAGGAAAUUUAAAACCAUUUUUCACAUAGGUGGAGUGUUUGAAGUUGUUUUUUUUUAAUUUCCCUAUUUUAAAAUAAAUAUUAUCUUUAAAUAAGUAUGAUACAAAGCUUUAUUAAUAUACUAGAAGUUGAACUAAGACAUAUAUAGCAAAUGUAAAAAUCGAGAAAGUACUUUUAAUCAUAACUAUUUUCAAAAAUAUCUCAACUAAAGCAAGAGUAAGUUUAAAAAAAAUCUUUUGAAUCAACCUCAAUGUUGAAGUUUUUUUGUCCUUUACAAAGAAGAAAAUACAGGUAGAAUAGCUAUAGUUUUUCAAGAUGGAAUAACAAGCAAAAAAAAAAUAUUGCUUCUUUUUAUAAAAAAAUAACAUUACUAAAGUAAGAAAAUGAGUACUUCGACCUCGCUUGGCAAUUUCACAUUGCUAUUGCAAUGUUAAUUAGCUGUUUAGACUAGAUGGUUUCUUAUUUUCACUAUUUAAUAGAAAAAAUAGCACUAUUUCUAUUCAAAUGUUUUGUGAGUAAAUUUAUAAAAAAAUUUUCACACUAUCUCUAAUUUUUUAGCUUUGAUCUUUGGUUGAAAACCAUUUCCAAGUAUCUGUACAAAACUUUUAACAAAUCACUCACUAAAACGUAGAUAAAUUUAUAUAUAUAUAUAUAUAUAACAGAUUGCUCCGGAUUUUCAAUUAAAAAAAUAUUAAUGCUAAAUUUUCUCUGCUGACUUAUAAUAAGUUUCUUGCAAAAACACCUACAAUUUCAAUAUCAAUUAUAGGUUGUCGUGGUUUUUUUUUUAGAAAAAAAAGCAAAUUUUUGCAAAAUGAUUUUUAGAAUCCGCUCUUCGAAAUCAUAUUACACAUAUAUUAAAUUGUAUUAAUCGAUAAGAAUUUUUUAGGAUUUUUUUUUUGAAAAUGAAAUGAGCACAAAAUAACUGUUGCAUAUUGCUUUUCUAACUUACAUUACAUUAAUUUGUUAUGUUUAAUGUCUGGACAAUUUUUUUUAAAGUUUCUCUCAAUUCUAAGAAAACAUAUUAACGCUAAAGGGUUGUAAAGAAUAUUUUUCUGACUUAUAUUACAUUUAAAUUUCUUGCCAAAACAUUGCAAAUGUCUACAAAUUGGAAGAGUAGUCUAGAGACUAAGUAUGCUUGAACUUGGCUUGGCUACUUAUGAAGGGGGCUCGAUAUUGGACACCCGAUUCGAGCUGAGUUUUUUUUUACUGAGUGCCUAAAGGCAGCACGGAAAACCUUCUCUUAGAUACCCCAUUGGUCCACAAAUGAGAUUGGACUAUAGCGCUCUGAGCAUGCUAUAAGCAUGAAAGUUGCGCCAUAUAAAAGAUAUAUAUAUAUAUAUAUAUAUGUAUAUAUAUAUAUAUAUAUAUAUAUAUAUAUAUAUAUAUAUAUUAUGGAUAAUAGGGUGCUCCGAAUUAAAAAAGAAUUAUAAGCAAAUUAACUUUAAAUAAUGUUUCAAAAUUUAUUUUUAUAACAUAUGAUAUAGUUGCCAAAACAAAGCAAAGCUAUCAUUGUGAAUAUUAGAUUUAUUCCGAUAUUUAUGAAAAGCAAAUUAUCGCCAAAUUACUGUUUUAUUCAUUUCUAUAGUGCAGCAUGUGUCCAUUGUUCCAUAAAGUAAUAUAAAUCCUAACUAGUUAUUCUUACAAAUUAUCCUUAAGAUGGUAUAUUAUUUUUUAAACACUUGACCUAAAUGAAACAAAAAAAAAACCGACAAGCGCAACUUUCAGUUUCCAUAGACUAUUUUAUCAAAACAAAUCAGAAGCCGGUUCAGAAGCCAAGCGCUUUACUGCUCAGCCACCACGCCUCCAAUUUAUUUACACUGAUUGUUUUUUUAAUGGGAUUAUUACAAUCGACAUGUUUCAUUAGAAUGAGAAUACUCAGUCACCAUUUCCUGUACCAUUUUUAUAAUAUAUAUAUAUAUAUAAUUCUUUAAAUACAAAUACCACAGUGUAUGUUUAUUCUUAAUCAGUAUUUCUUGUAAUUAUCUGUAUCAUCCAUUUUUUAAUACAUAGUUAAUAGUAUAUAAUGCACUAAUUGUCGUCAUUCUUACUCAAAACUAUUACGUUCUUUUUGUGGAGCAUAUCCACAUUUGACCUCAUUUCCUCCUGUUUUCCUUGUGGGAUAUAGGUCACUACCAACUUUGUCCAGUCAUUCCAGCUAAUGGGCGAAUCUCUCCAACGUAUUAAGGACUCGCUACCCAUUCUCCCUCCACUCUUCUUCAAAUACAUCAACAUUUUUUAUAUUAACGAUUUGAUUUUUUACUAUUAAAUUUUUAUUACACUUUAUAUUUUACUAUAUAUUUAUUUCUUUUUUUUAAAUCAUACAAAUAAUGUUUAUUAUAUUUUUUUAUGAUAUUUAGAAUAUUUCAAAUUUGUAUCGUAUUAAACAAUUUUAUUAAAUAA